AAUACUGGGCUUUAUCAGCCAGUAUAGUUGACUACUAACAGGAGGUGGAAGAGCAAGCAACCGGGAAUACUCGCGAGUAUUAACUGAAAAAUUAUUUAACUUCUGACAGAACAUGUAUGCUAUUGGUAAGCCUUCCAGAGCUACGGAGGUUUGCUUCCGAUAGAGAAAAGAAAAGAUUAAACUCACGAACUGUAUUAAUUAAGCACACGAGUCAGAUAUUUUUCCAGCGUAUGUGACUUAAACCGUUAAGGAUUGGUUGGCUUAAUAAAUUACGCAGAGACAGACGACUGUGUGGCAUUUGUGAGUAAGAAUGUCCAGUACGCGCACUUCGGCCAUGCCGCCCCCAGACAUGGACCCGAGCAAGGCGCAGGUGGCUUUCGGUAAUCGCGCGCUCCCGCGCCUCAUGAGACAGCUGCAGGACACGCGACUGCUCACCCGCCAACGGGCGCUCGCUGCUCUCUGCGACCUCGUGCACGACCCGGAGAGAGCAUAUGAAGUCACUGAAGCAGGAUGCCUAGAAAAGCUGAAGGCAUUGCUACAGGAUGAGGACACAGCAGUGAGGGUGAAAACCACAGAGAUUCUCCAUUUGUUGGCUAACCAUCAUGUCAGCAGGCUGGCCUUUCUGGAGCAUCAUGUAGUUGUGUCACUGUCUGACCUGCUGGAUGACCCGGUGCUGUCCUGUCGGAGGAAUGUGCACCAGGCCCUGCAGGUGGUGGCACGGUUUCCUGCAGGCGCGAACUGUCUGCUGUCUCUGGGUCUGGUGCAAAGACUAGUGACGAAGCUCUCCAAGCAGGAGGAGGAAGAGGAGGAGAUCCAGGGUCUGAUCCUAGCCACACUCAGCAGCUGUGUGCGUGUGGAUGCCAAGCCUGCCUUGGCCAGCGACGGAGUCCCCGUCCUGCACAACCUGCUUUCUCACCCAUCAUCCAGCAUUCGCUGUGCUGCAGCUCGUGUCAUGGUGGCCAUCAGUGCCUCGCGUGAAGGGAAGGACGUGCUGUGUGAGGAAGAGGUUCUCCCAGUCUUGGUCAAAUUACUGUGCGACAGUGACCCGGGGAUCAAAGCUUAUGCUGCUGGCACCAUUAUGAACACAGCGGUCAUCACAAAAGGGAAGUAUCAGGCCCUAAAAUCUGGCGCCAUCCCCCCACUGUUGGCCCUGGUGACCAGUGAGGACACGGCUGUGUGCGCAAAUGCGCUGCGGGCCCUCACCGUCCUGGCCGAGGUACCGUCUGCUCGCCAGAAGCUCCUGGAGCAUGUGCCGCUGUUGGAGACACGGCUGAGCCAUCAUGUCGCCAUCAUCCGACGGGCAGCCGCCGCAGCCAUCCGUGUCAUCACCUGGCUUCCCUAGAGGCGCCGAGGGAAGCGCAGCGUGUGGACACCCUCCAUGGCAGGCUCACACUGGGAGACGCUCCAGCCCUGGUAUGCACUCACCCACACUCACCCACCAGAUGGCAGAGUUGUGAAUAAAGCUGACAUGCUAAGUGCUGGUCUUGCUCUCUGUUCCUUAACAGGACUCGUUGCCAAUUCAUUUAUGAUUAUGUUGAAUUAUUUAGCCUGUUCAAGUUUAUUAUAUUUUAAUGGACCUGUGGAAAGUUAUAGAAAGUGAAGCCUGCAGAAGAAACAACAAGACAAUAACUGUUUGUCAUUAAAAGUUUACUUUAAAUUUGUGAUUCAUUACCCUACUCCAGAUAGUCUCACCGUGCUUGCUGUUCACUUCUGUGUCUGCUGAUAUUAUGUUUCAUAACUAUCGUUUAACUAUAAUUACUAAGUACCAUAACUGGCUUUAAAAUGUUUAGAUAUGUAGCAACACUUAGAUGAAAACACUUGACCUAUUAUUCAGUGAUCACAGUCUUGCUAGAAAAGCCAUUAGUCUGCUUUUUUCCUUGACCAUUUCCAAUCCAGAGAACACUUAAUGGGUGAAAAUACAUGACCUAAAUAUUGGUCUAGAACAAUGAAUGGCAUGAUGCAGAUGUCACUGUAGAAACUGUACACCAGUGUGGCCCACACACACACACACAAAUUGGAAAAGAUACAUCUGUAUUUUGUGCAGUAGGUAGCACUGUUAUUUUGUACCUCCCAAGCUGGGGGUGCGAAUUCUGCCGCCACUCUGUGUAUCUGCAGUUUUCAUGUUUUCCCUCUGUUAUGGAGAUUUGCUUUGGUCUCCCUGGUUUCCUCUUGCUGUCCACAGGCAUGCAGUUAGCCUAACUAGUGUCUCUAAAUUGGCAUGUGCUGCUUGGGAUAGGCUCCUGGUGACCCACUGCUGGAUAAGCAGCUAAUAUUGUGCUGAUGACAAAUGGAGCUGUGAAUGUGGAGAAACGAGCAAGAACUCCCCAGUAUGUAAUUUCUGUUACCAUGCCAUCUACAGGUCAAUCUGUUUAAGGUUAGCUAAGUAGAUAAUUAUCUUUUCAACUUUCAAAGACAAUAUUUCAUAAAAAAAAUAAAAUAAAUAACUUUAUUAAAACAAAACUAUAACAGCAGUUGGACCCUAGGACGCCAGUAAAAACAUUUUUUUUUGUAUUUUACAAAAUGGCAAAAUUAAAGUUAACAAAGAUCUACUUUCUAUAUUUAUCACAUAUUGAGUGUUCUGAUCAUUUACCUUUUUUGGGAAAGAGUCGUCUUUGUGCGGUAUGUAACGCUGACAUAUUGUGCAAUACCAGUGACUGUAAUACCAGUGAGUCUCCACGUGUGCGGAGUUUGCAUGUUUUCCCUGUGUCAGCGUGGGGUUUCCUCCAGGUACUCCGGUUUCCCUCCACAGUCCAAAGACAUGCUGAGGCUAAUUGGAGUUUACCAAGUUUUGUAUAAUUUCAUGUUAAACCUUUUUAACAAUAUUGUUUUAUAUUUAGACUGGUUUUAAAUGCUAAUAUUCGGUUGUGUGACAAGCUGCU